CUUCUAUAUGUUAAAAGAAAAUGGUGUGCUACACUUCUGCUGUUGUCUGCAAAUUGCUAACUUUCAGACCAACUUCUUUCUUUCUUUCUUCAUCUCAUUUCUAACCUCUCACUCUUUCUCUCUCUAACUUUUUAACCCACCCUUUUUCAUUCUCUCUCUAGCUUUUUCCAAGCUUUUUCCUUUCUCUCUCCAUCAUAUUCUCUCAUUUACAUUACCCCUAAUUAAUUCCUCACUCAUUGAUUCAAUCUUUACUUGUACUAAUUAUUUCCUUCUUCCUUUGAACUUGCAAUCAAUUGGAGCAAACCCCAACAUUCCUAAUUAAUUUUGUUUGAUUUGAGGUAUGGAAGAGGAUUAAUUAAGAGGGUGAUCUUUGGAUGAAUGGUUUGGAAAGUACAUAUUAUGGAAUACCCAGGUGUAAAGAUCUGGGCUGAGCUUUCCUUUGUGUUAGUGUUCAUAUUUCUGCUGCAUUUGGCUAACGGGUUGACAAAUUCGGGUGAUGUUGCUGCAAUUAACAGCUUGUAUGCUGCUUUUGGUUCUCCACUCCCUGGAUGGGUUGCUACCGGGGGAGAUCCAUGUGAUGAAGCUUGGCAAGGAGUCCAAUGCGACGUUAAUGGCAACAUCAUUUCAAUAAGUCUCGUGGGUGCCAACUUAGGUGGUGGAUUGGGUGACGACCUAGCAUCAUUUUCGUCAAUCAAAACAAUUGAUUUGAGCAACAACCAUAUUAGCGGAAGUCUUCCAUCAAGUUUUCCCGUUUCCCUGGAGGCGUUUUUUCUUUCAGGUAAUAAUUUGACCGGAAGCAUUCCAAGCUCUAUUUCCACUCUUACCAGCCUCACUACGUUGAAAUUGAAUGACAACCAUCUUAGCGGUGAACUACCCGAUGGCUUUCAGUCUCUUACAGCAUUGUCCAGCAUAGAUUUGGCGCAUAACAGUUUGAGCGGAGAGUUGCCUCCUUCAAUGGAGAAUUUGUCAGCUCUAACCAGCCUUCACUUGCAGGACAAUCAGCUGUCGGGAACCCUCGAUGUUCUCGAGCCUCUUCCCCUGCAAGACUUGAAUAUAGAGAACAACCUGUUCAAUGGACCGAUACCUGAGAAAUUGCUGAGUAUUCCCAACUUCAAGAGAGAUGGGAAUCCUUUUAACACCUCUGCUGCUCCGAUGCCUUCGUUGCCAGCUCCCUCCAUGCUGCCUUCACCCACUACCCCAGGGGCACCCAAGCAAUUAUCACCUCGCUCGGGCAUAACUUCUCCCAGUUCUGGCGCAGCUUCUAGUUCUGGGUCGGGACCUAGAAAUCGCACAGCUUUGCCACCUACACAGCAGGACCAGAAUACUCAAAACAAAGCUCAGUCGGCGAAAACGAGAAGGAUAGUCGGCAUAUCAAUUGCUUCUGUGAUCGGAUUUAUAAUCUUGGUUUUGCUUCUUCUGUUAUGCUUACCAUGGUGUUUUAGCAGAAGUAGAGACUAUUACCGAGCUACAAAGAGACAUGAGAUCCAACCAUAUAUGGGUGCCAGAGAGAACCCUCUCAAUAAUGUGCCGUCACGUCAUGCUAACAAUCAGGUUGAAAAAGCUCAAAAAGACGCUGUUGUGGAGAUCAAAGAUGAGCCGCGAGCCGAAGUUCGGAGGACUGCUGCAAUUGCAAAACAACAAAGUCGUGAGGAGCUUAAUUCUCAAAGAUCGACAACUCCAUUGAGGAAGCUUGAAAGUGAUAUGAGUUUUAGCGACAUUGACUAUAUGAUGCCUCCACCUCCACCUCCACCUCCUCCUCCACCUCCACCACCUCCUCCUCAAUUUUCCGCCGAGAAAGUAAUUGUGACGCCUAUCUCAUCAGCUCACCCUGUUGCCGGAAAGCCAUCCUCCAGAUCUCUUCCCUUGACGUCAGUGAAGUCUUUCACGAUUGCAUCACUUCAGCAAUACACAAACAGCUUUUCACAAGAUAAUCUUAUAGGAAGUGGCAUGCUUGGAACUGUAUAUCGGGCUGAGCUUUCUAAUGGAAAGCUACUCGCUGUCAAGAAGCUUGACAAGGGUGUUUCUAGCCGCCUGAAAGAUCACGAAUUUAUUGAGCUUGUAAAUAACAUCGAUAGUAUUCGGCAUGUCAAUGUUGUGGACCUGGUGGGUUACUGCUCAGAACACAGUCAGCGCCUCUUGAUUUAUGAGUAUUGUAGUAAUGGGGCACUACAAGAUGCGCUCCACUCAGACGAUGAAUACAGGAAGAAACUUUCUUGGAAUUUGCGAAUGCGGAUGGCACUUGGAGCUGCUAGAGCCUUGGAAUAUCUGCACGAGGUUUGUGAACCACCUGUAAUCCAUAGAAACUUCAAAUCUGGGAACAUUCUUCUUGAUGAUGAACUAAAUGUGCGGGUCUCUGACUGUGGAUUGGCAUCUUUGAUAGCAUCUAAUUCCGUCAGCCAGUUGUCGGGGCACCUUUUAUCUACCUAUGGCUAUGGAGCUCCGGAAUUCGAGUCGGGAAUCUAUAAUUCCCAAAGCGAUGUUUACAGCUUUGGAGUGGUUAUGUUGGAACUUUUGACGGGUCGAAUGUCUUAUGACAGGACACGUAUCCGAGGAGAGCAAUUUUUGGUGAGAUGGGCAGUUCCUCAGCUCCAUGAUAUCGAUGCUUUACAGCGGAUGGUUGAUCCGUCUCUCAGUGGCGAAUAUCCUACUAAAUCUUUAUCACACUUUGCUGAUAUCAUUGCACGAUGUGUUCAGUCUGAACCCGAGUUUAGGCCACUGAUGUCUGAAGUUGUGCAAGAUCUCCAAAGUAUGUUACAAAGAGGUUCACCUUCGAAAAAUCCAAUUACCGAAUAAAUCUUCUAACAGCUUAUAACGGAGAUUUUGCGAAGUUUUGGACUCUAGAAGAAGGAAAUCCCGAUUCUUCGAAUUCAUCAGAAAUCGAAUCCAAACGCAACAUAAAAGAACGAAAAGUUGACAUGAAUGAGUACUGCCCAGUGUCCAUAUACAUUCUCCAUUUGAACUUCAGAAAUGCCUUUGUGUAGUAUUUAUUCAAUACAGUCGGCGUCCUAUAUAUUCCAACCGAUGCUGGCUGUCGCUAUGUACGCCUUCUUGAGAUCAAUUGUUCGUCAUUUUUUGAUGAUCAGCAAGUUGGUGUCGGAAAUGAUCUGCGUAGAUGUAGUUGUCUCAUUGUUUGAGAAACGACUUGAUAAAAAUUGUAUUAGGCCCAUUUUGUCGAGGCCAAAUCGGCUAGUUAGAAUUUGUUCAUAGUUUUGUGUUCGUGUAGUUAUGUACCAUAGUUCAUUAUUCAUUGCUUUUACGUUUUUUGUUCCAUUACUUCAUAUAAAUUGUAUUCAAAUAAUUUAUGGCUUUAAUAAAAACUCUAUCACACUAUGUUUGUGUUCGUUCUAA